AUGGAGUCGUACAAGAUCUUGGACGGACAUCGUCCUUCCAGCUUGGCAGAAUGGUCAUGCUCACAGGAUGAAGACUCUGGCCACGAGGUCUUCAACUUCAUUUUUACCAAACUUGUUCUACGUCUUGAGCUCUCAUCGGAUCAUCGCUCCAUGAUAUUGUGCAGACUCACCGACACAGACGGUUCGUUCAACAGAAAGACCAUUGACCCUAUCCGGGAAGAAAUACGCUGCAUUAUGAGAAGUGUACUCAGCAACAGAUCCCUCCCAGUCAGGAAACACGACCUGGAGAUAGGAAUUCUGCAGACCUUAGAAGCGAUUCACGAGUUAGAGCUUGAGUUUAAGAUCGAAGAUGCUCGAAGAACACGAGAUCGUUAUAGCAAAGGAUGGGCAGCCGAUCAACUCUCAGACUGGAGCGAACUCAUCAACAACCCCUACGGUCUUGACGUAUCAACUAUCCAGGACACAGCCUACUCGAUCCUUGGCAAGACCCCUGAGGAGCUCGUAGCUGAAAUCCCCAAGGAAUGGAGGAUCAUUCAUGUGGAAUCUGUUCUCCGCAGAGACUUUGUCAGCCGUUUCUGCAGCUAUCAAGAGACGCUUCGCAGGAACUUCCAGAAGCCUGACGCGAUUCUUCGCGAUAGAAUCCCCCCUCACUCAAAGCUUGAUGGCCGCAUUCGAUCAACAAUUAGCCGCGAAGACAUCAUCGAAGACAUGCUUACUCCCCGUGUCACAUAUCACGGAACGCGCAUCGAGUCGGUGGCAUCUAUAGUUCGUCACGGAUUCAAAAUGCCUGGGGACUUGGUAGAUGGUCAUGCUAUCGCCUCACCACGAUCAGGCAUUGCCUACGAUCGCGGUAUUUACUCAUCUCAGGCACCUUUUUACGCCUUGUCAUUUGCAAAAGGCAGACAGAUGACUCCCUUGGGCAUGCUUCCCAGCAUGAAGCUGUUUGUCUGCGCUACAGUCAUGGGUCGUACAUUAUCAGGCGGUUCUGAAGUCCACGGCCCUUUAGUCGAUGGCUUCGACGCGCACUUUGAUAGAAGAUUUGAGUACAUUGUUCAUAACGAGCGGGCCAUAUUACCCUGCUAUGUCAUCCACCUCGAUCUUGGCUCCGAGGCAGCCAAACGAGCUCUGACAAAACUCCAGUCGAAUCCCGAGGAAUUCUACAGUAUUUCAAAGACCAAGAAGAGACCCGAGGCCAAGAGCACGGCGCCCGGAGAUAUCCGGCGAGAAAAGGAGGCGAGAAAGGCUUCGGCUAUGAAGUGGUUCCCUUACGGCUUUGGCCCUGCUACUGGGACUAGGUUUGUCAUUGAGGAGGUUGGUGAUAUCUCUGAUGACGAGGAGGAGUAUGGGGAAUGGCAGGCUGACAAGCAUGGAUUUUCGAACACGUACAUGAAAAACGCUGGAGUAUGGGAGGAAGACGAAGGGCAACAGCAUGCCGAGGAGUAUGACGAUGAUGGUAACCCCGUAAAGCGCAAGGGGUUGUUGAUGGAUCAGUACCAGCAUAUCGCACAUCCAACAUACAAGAAGUGA